AUGGUCUCUCUAGAAUCAUUUACAAGGAGAACGGUCAAGGUGCCCAGCCUUGUUCGCAUACAAGUCAGGCUUGAUGUUUGGUACUACCGACCUGCAGGGAAUGGUCCGCACCCUGUAGUUAUCGCGGGUCCUGGCCUCACAGCGACCAAAGAUGCAGGCCUUGCAGCAUUCGGGGAGCGUUGGGCUCGAGAUGCAGGAUGGGCCUCCCUUAUCUUUGAUUAUCGUGGUUUCGGCGAUUCUGAAGGAGAACCGCGCAACGUUGUUGAUUUCGAAUCACAAUUACAAGAUUAUCAAAGCGUUAUGUCCUGGGCUCGCUCUCGUCCACAAGACUUUCUUGCGGAUAGAAUUGUCGUGAUGGGAUCUGCAGCGAGUGGACUUCAGGUGGCAGAAUUAGUGGUUAACGACGGCGCACUAGCGGGCGGUAUGGCGCAUUGCCCCAUUUUGGAUGCAAAAGCAACCCUAACAAGCACCUCCACGAACCUCAGGCUCUUGUUUUGGGCGGGCGUUGAUUGCGCCAGAAAAGGACUCGGCCUCAGUCCGAUUUUUGUUCGUGCUGUCGGAAAUCCAGGAGAGUUCGCACUCUUGAGCUCCCCUUCAAGCUUACCAGGGUUUACCUCAAUGUUUGCGCAAGGCUCCACCCCUUUCUCUGGUGCUCCGAACCUCAUUGCACCCCGUUUUGUAAUCGAUGCACUCGGAGUUCGUCCUGGAUUGCGCCUGAAAGAUGCCCGUUGUCCAAUGUUGAUUGUCAUGGCCGAAGAAGACGAUCUGAUUCCGGCCUCGAUAACGCGUAAGAUGGUGGACGACGCUGACGGACGUGUACAACUUGUUGUUGUCCCUUGUGGUCAUUUUGAGAUCAUGAAGGGAGGAAAGGGCUUCGAGGCGAACAUUACAGCUCAAGUGAAGUUCUUGCAGGGACUUCUUGCGGGGGCUAAUUAACCUUCACGUAGCAUCUGAUUCUUGACCUUGAAUUUGUGGGUCGCGAACAGGACGGUAGAAGUGAUGCUGGCUAUUUAAUCCUGUUCAAUCAUCGUUGUUAUUUAAAAGCAAUCCGAUGGCCUUUGACCGUUACGAUGGGUUGUAGUACAAUACCUAUUUUGCGUAAAUUAAGUACUAUUUUGUUCGUUGCUUGUCGGAAAUAUAACUCGAAUGUCA